GGCGGCGGUGGCGGCGGCGGACCGGAAGCGGGCCCGGCAGCGCGGGAGGGGAGGCGAGUUCGAAUCGGAGCGAGUGUGUAAAUUCAGAGCGGGUGUGAACGGGGCGAGUGUGUAAAUAUCUCGCUGCUCACGCUAUGUACCCCGGGCACUAGUGAACUGGUGAAAGAUGCCGUUUUCGGACUUUGUUUUGGCCCUGAAGGACAACCCAUACUUUGGGGCUGGUUUUGGGCUGGUUGGGGUGGGCACAGCGCUGGCGCUUGCUCGCAAGGGGGCACAGUUCGGGAUGGUUGCUUUCAGGAGGCAUUGUAUGAUCACGCUGGAGGUGACCAGUCGAGACAAGAGCUACCACUGGCUGCUCAACUGGAUCACGCACCACGCCAAACGGACGCAGCAUCUCAGUGUCGAGACAUCCUACCUCCAGCACGAGAGCGGCAGGAUCAGUACAACCUUCGACUUUGUUCCCAGUCCAGGAAACCACUUCAUCUGGUACAACAGCAAAUGGCUUCGGGUGGAGAGAAACCGGGAGAAGCAGAUGAUUGAUCUGCACACGGGCACCCCGUGGGAGACAGUCACCCUCACUUCGCUGGGAAGCAACCGCCAGCUCUUCUUUGAUAUCCUGAGGGAAGCAAAGGAUCUGGCCCUCAAACAGCAGGAAGGGAAAACGGUGAUGUACACAGCGAUGGGAGCCGAGUGGCGGCUGUUUGGAUUCCCUCGGCGCCGGCGACCCCUCAAUUCCGUCGUGCUGGAGAAAGGAGUCUCGGAGAAAAUCGUGCAAGAUGUCAAAGAUUUCAUCGGGAAUCCCAAGUGGUACACAGACCGGGGGAUUCCAUAUCGACGCGGGUACUUGUUGUACGGACCCCCCGGAUGUGGGAAGAGCAGUUUCAUCACAGCGCUAGCUGGGGAGCUCGAAUACAGCAUCUGCCUAAUGAGCCUGAGCGACAGGAGCCUGACUGACGACCGGCUCAACCACUUGCUGAGUGUGGCGCCACAGCAGAGCAUCGUCCUCCUGGAGGAUGUGGACGCAGCCUUCGUCAACAGAGACCUGGCAAAAGAAAACCCCACAGUUUACCAAGGAAUGGGCCGCCUGACGUUCAGCGGUUUGCUAAAUGCGCUCGAUGGCGUUGCAUCGGCCGAGGCCAGACUGGUGUUCAUGACCACAAACUACUUGGACAGGCUGGAUCCUGCUCUGAUCCGUCCGGGACGAGUGGACCACAAGCAGUUUGUCGGCUACUGCUCCCACUGGCAGCUGUCCCAGAUGUUCCAGCGGUUCUACCCCCAGCAGCCGGCGGCCAUGGCAGAAGUAUUUGCGGAGAAAGCGUUGUCCCUGUCUGACAGGAUCAGUGCUGCCCAGGUGCAGGGGCACUUCUUGCUCUAUAAACUGGAAGCCCCCAAAGCCAUUGAGGAAAUCCAGCAGAUCAUCCUGUGAGAGGCCCAGAGAGGGUGAAGCUGUGUAGCUCUGGGAGAGGAAAGGGCACCAGGGUGUCCCGGCACUAAAAAAAAAACUGCACCAUAUUUAUUAGAGUAAAACCUCGUUGUGAUGCCUCUGCUCCGUGUGGGAGAAAUGCUCUUGUUUAUGGCCCUGAAUGGAUGGCUAACGUCGGCAGAUAAAUUGGCCUUUAAUCA